AUGGCCGAGUCGGAAGUUCUGUCGCGAAUCGACGGAGAAACACUGGAAAAGGCUCGGAGAGAGCUCAGAGAAGAUCCCGACAAGCGAGCGGAGGCCGUGGAGGAGUUGCGCACCAAAAUAGCGGAAGCGAAGAACGAUCCUGAGCACGGAGUCGUCGAAUUUUCCCGCGACGAUGGACCGUUUCUCCUGCGCUUUCUACGGGCUCGGAAAUUCGACGUGGACCGCGCCACGCUACUCUACUGCAACUACUACAAGUUCCGUCACAAGUAUGCCGACCUACUGGGAGAUAUGCACCCGCGAGUCGUGGAUCACGUGCUCCGGAGUGGACUAAUGGGCGUGACCGACCUCCGCCGUCGAGACUGGUCCGUGGCAAUCCAACUCUGUCCGGCAAGAUGGGAUUCGGACACUGUCCCCUUCACGGACAACUUCAAAACGAUGAUACUCCUUUUGGAAAAGUUGAUAGAAGAUGAAGAAAACCAAGUUCAUGGUAUCACCAUCCUCAACAACCUACUAGAUGUCUCUUUCUCGACCAUCGUCAAACUCUCUCAGGCUGAGCAAACGAGGAAAGGUGUCUUCCUAGAGCUGUUCCAAGACAGUUUCCCGGGGAGAUUCAAGGGUAUGCAUCUGGUUAACCAGCCAUGGUACGUCAGCCUUGUGCUCGGAAUAAUCCGGCCGUUUAUGAAGCAAAAGAUGAGAGAUAGACUUUUCCUUCACGGUGCUGACUACACGAGUCUGUACGAGCACUUUGACCCCGAGCUCCUCCCACUGAGUCUCGGCGGGUCGGGCAGCGAGUUUGACAUCGACUGCCUCACGAGAAUUUUCCGGAAGGAACUCGCCGAAAGACCGCCAAAUUCCCAGGAAACGGACACCACAGUUCAACAGGAGAGUGAUAUUCCUAUCACUGACACAACACAGUGAAUCAGCAUGCAGACACCUCCAAUUAAUAUUGAGCAGGGUUGUAAAUAAUUGAGCACUUUAAAAGCAGGU